GAUCGUCUCCCCACAUUCAGUCCCCAACUAACUCCAGGUCCGUGCCGGCUUCGCUUCGCUUGUGGUGGUGGUGGUGGUGCAGAGGAGCCAGCGGCUGCGAUACGUACUUGUCCGGACAGGAACAAUGGGAGCAUUGAAGGACGUUUUCGCGCACCAUUUCGAGGUGGUGGCGCUCCUCGCCGGGUUGUUCGUCGUGGGUGUAGUGAUAACCCCGCCGCCACAGGGCUCGCUGCGACCACCCAGCGUCUGCAUCGCGCCAUUCCUCUACUACGCCCGUAUCGGAAAGCUACAACUAUACCUCCUCUUCUGCAUCCUCCUCUCCGGCCUCAUCACCAGCAACUUGAAGCGCCGCACCGCCGGCGACGACGCGCCCCCGCCGACGCGGACGAUGAGGGCGUACGGGGUGCUCGCCCUCCUUCUCUCCUUCGCCAGCAUAGUGCUCAUCGCUGUCCUUGCCACCUACAUAGCGCAGGUCAGAUCCACCAGUAUCUCCUGCUGGAGCACGACGAGCACGGCCGCUGCAUGCCUCUUUGGGAGCUUUUUCGGCGUCGUGUGCGUCGCGCACUACUAUGAGCUCGCCACUCUGGUCCUUUGGGCUGUUUAGUAGUAUCAUACUUUCCGUUGGAUGUAUGCAUUUGUUUAUGUAGUAUGUAUGUCGGUGUGUGAGUGGUUGUUGACAAACAAGGCUCUUUGUUGUAAUAAUUUCCCCUCGUAUC